AUGGCUGCCGUACGCCGGGCUCGCAGUUACUGCCGCUGCCUGGCAGAAGCUGAGGAAGAUUGUAAUUCUGAUGCUGUCAGAGCAGAAAAUGAUGAUGAAAGUGAAAGCCCUGCUGAAACAGAUCUGCAGGCACGAGAACUCUUCCUAAAAGCAGUAGAAGAAGAACAAAAUGGAGCUCUCUAUGAAGAAAUAGCCAUCAAGUUUUAUCGUAGGGCUAUGCAACUUGUACCUGAUAUAGAGUUCAAGAUUACUUAUACCCGGUCUCCAGAUGGUGACGGCGUUGGAAACAGCUACAUGGAAGAUAAUGAUGAUGAUAACAAGAUGGCAGAUCUCUUGUCCUACUUCCAGCAGCAGCUCACAUUUCAGGAGUCUAUGCUCAAACUGUGUCAGCCAGAACUUGAAAGCAGUCAGACUCAUGUAUCAGGAGAGUCACUGGAAGGAUGGUUUUCUUUUGCAGUGCUGCCGAUGGAGGUCCUGAUGUACAUCUUCCGAUGGGUGGUGUCCAGUGACUUAGACCUCAGAUCGUUAGAGCAGUUGUCACUGGUGUGCAGAGGAUUCUAUAUCUGUGCCAGAGACCCUGAAAUAUGGCGUUUGGCCUGCUUGAAAGUCUGGGGCAGAAGCUGUAUUAAACUUGCUCCAUAUACAUCCUGGAGAGAGAUGUUUUUAGAAAGACCUCGUGUUCGAUUUGAUGGAGUCUAUAUCAGCAAAACAACAUACAUUCGCCAAGGAGAACAGUCGCUUGAUGGUUUCUAUAGAGCCUGGCACCAAGUGGACUAUUACAGAACUGAUGCAAUUCUACUGGGCCAUUAUCGUUUGUCACAGGAUGCAGACAAUCAGACCAAAGUAUUUGCUGUGAUAACUAAGAAAAAAGAAGAAAAACCACUCGACUACAAAUAUAGGUAUUUUCGUCGUGUCCCUGUACAAGAAGCAGAACAGAGUUUUCAUGUGGGGCUACAGCUGUGUUCCAGUGGUCACCAGAGGUUCAACAAACUCAUCUGGAUACAUCAUUCUUGUCAUGUUACCUACAAAUCAACUGGGGAGACGGCAGUCACUGCUUUUGAGAUUGACAAGAUGUACACCCCCUUGUUCUUCGCCAGAGUGAGAAGCUACACUGCUUUCUCAGAGAGGCCUCUGUAG